GUCAGUUUUUCAGUGUUUUUGUGCUACUGCCCGUACGGAACUGCACGGGAGUCGCCCAGACCAUCCAACGCUAAUUACUAGGAAGGAACCUCUAUGCUAGGAACGUUAGUUUUCAGACAUAAUUACGUAACGUGCCAAGGGGGUAAUUUGCCGACGUUUGCUGCUUCGUGUUGGAGGAACGCCUUGUCUCUUUGGCUUCCAGCUGCUUUGAAACGAAGACAACGAAGCACAGUCCUAGCUGACAAAAGUUUGCAUUUCAUGUUUCAAGACCGCGUCUAGCUAAAACCAAAAACAGUUUAACACAGGUGGUAAGGUGGAGAGGGGCUAUAGGCAGACCCAUGGCCGCCGUGCAUUACCCAGAGUGCCCACUCAGGGACUCACUUUACUGGGAUGAAACAGAGUGCCUAAACUACUAUGGGAUGUUGUCUCUCCAUGAGGUCUUUGACGUAGUUGGUUGUCAGCUGACAGAGACUGACAUUGACGUGUUGUCAUUCCUUCUGGAUGAAACCUGUCCUGCACCACACCCCCUUGACCCAACAGGUUGGACAGUUGAGCCCUGUGGCAGCGAUCCAGAUGACUUGGGCGUGUCCCUGAGUCCUGAGCUGCUAAAAGCCUGGAUGCGAUUGAAGCCUCAGGGCUCCCAGCAUCACUUAGUGGCCUCGUAUAAGCCCAAGAGUGGCCUUGAGCUAUUGUUGGAGCUGGAGAGGCGAGGAUACCUUAGUGAUGGCAACCUGGAGCCACUGCUGCAACUACUGAGAGUCCUCACUCGCCAUGACCUGCUGCCUUUAGUGUCCCACAAAAGAAGGAGGACAGUAUCUCCAGAGCGAGUUGGACAGAGGUAUGGAAUAGAGAACAGAGAGUUGGUGUGCGCCUCUGGAAUGCAACAUAACUGCAGACAGACAGAAAUACCUCUUCCAUAUUUCACACAACAAUCGAGAAUUGGUAUUUACCCUCCUAUGCCUGGGCCAUCUGUAAGGAGGAGGAAGAAGAGGGGAAAUGGCUGGAGCCGCAAGCCCAAGAAAACUAGCAGACAGGGCCCGCCACUGCCUCCUCUACCACCACCACAUAAAGCUUCCUGCAAUAUCCGCCUGCGUGUCCGGGCCGAAUACCUGGAGCAUGACUCGGCACUCCGUGAGGGUGUCUCAUCGGACAAACGGCAGCCCCUGGAGCGACAGUUUGAAUUGUUCAGCCAGGCCAACUCCCUGCUUCGUUCCAGAGACCUGGGUUCCAUUGUCUGCGACAUCAAGUUCACAGAGCUGGACAACCUGGAGGCCUUCUGGAGUGACUACCUAAGCGGAGCUCUGCUGGAGGCCCUGAAGGGAGUCUUCAUCACGGACUCCCUGAGGAUGGCAGCAGGCACGGAGGGCGUCCGUCUGCUGAUCAGUGUGGACCAGGAUGACUACGAGGAGGGCCGAAUGCUGCUGAGAGCUAGGAGAAUGUUUUCAUCUAGUAAUGGUGGGCGCACAGAGACUCGCUGGGCUGUAUAGGCUGAUAAGACUCUUUGGGGUGUAUUGUAUUAGCUUUGAUAAAUUGAAAAGUAGGGAAUGCUGCGAAUUUGUACGCAUUUGCCAGGCCUCCUUCUGCAAGUUGCAAUCCAUGUGUUAACCACUAGAUGGCAGCUCUUACCAUUUGUUGUUUGUGUUCAAAACUGGCCUUACAUUUUCAGAAUUAUCAGUUUUUUUGUUGAAACAUUACCAUUAUUUGUGAAAGAACAUGGAAUAAUAAUGAAUCAAUGUGCUUUCCCUUGGGAUCCAUGCACAGGUGCUACUUUGUAGGACACCAGGAUGAAACAGGAUGUAUCAAGAUUGUUCUUAGUCUCAGUAAGAACAGGAGCAAGCAAGCCAUUGCCAAAAGAUCAAGUGGUAAGCCCCUCAUUACAUUAUUAAUCUUAAAUAAGGUUAAGACAACUGAUGUGCCACAAAUAAUAAAAAAUACUACAUAACUACAUACAGUUGACACAGUCAAAUGCUCACGGUCAAGGUUGAGACUACGCACGGACAUGCAUGUACACAAAUUAAAUGGGCCACAAUGAUACCAAACUUGUAAUCAAGUGUUUGCUGCCCAUUUUUUCCACAUUUAUGCAUAGACCGUGGGCAUUCAGAUUCCAAGAUGGCUCUAAGUUAUUCUGCUGUCAUAGUAUUGGACUUGAAUGAUAAUGUUAACUGGCACUUUUCUUUAAUUAAACUAAUUUCAAGGACAAAGAAACAUGCCAAAAAAGUUUCUGAUCUUUAAAAAUGUGUAAGAACUGAGCACAGAUGGAAAAGCAGGCUGCUCUCAGUACAGAUUGAUCUUUGUGUUCAACUUUGGAGAGCGAGCCCACGCAUAUACACCUAGAUAACAAACCUGGGAUUCUCAGCCCAUGUGUGCCACGAUAACUCAACUUGCGAUUGCCGUGGUCAGUGGAUACGGUAGUUGCUAGUAGAUGACAGCAGUGAUUAGGGCUAGGCCUCAGCGGACCAUGGAAGACUCAUCAUCCCAAGCUUGUCAACAGCAACUCGGAUAAUGCAAUGGUGGCUUGUGACCGGGCUUCAAGCUAGGCCUCAGCAAGUGCUUCUCUCAGCAAGUAAAGCACAGGACAGUGCGUCGGUCAAUAGAAGUGAUGUUGGGGAGAUCAAAAUCAAAAGUGCACAUCCCAGCUCCACUCAGCCCUGCUACGUAGGCCCAGUAGAGUGGCUCACGGACAGCUGUCUACUCACCCUGCUGGAACUAAUGCCUGGACUUCACUCAUAGAAGACGAUCAAUAAGGCCCCUCCUCCAAGUCCCUUCAUGCAGGCACGACUUAAGCAGGCAGUCUUGCUACUGUCUGAGUGCAAGGCAGAGGACAAUGGACAUAUUUCCAUGUUUACUUUAGUGUGUUUUUGAUCUUGCAUUUGUUCUAUGUGUGAUUGUAUUAGUCAUAGAAGAUUAAAAAAAAAAACUUUAAAAAUAAUAAUUCAGGGGAACAUUUUUGUUAAAGAAAAACAUUUGUUUGGUAUGCCAAUUCUUUUUGUUGAAAUCUUUAUAUAUGAUAUAUUUGGUGAAUAAUAAAGGUUUGAUGGCCUAAAGAUG